UGUGCCAAGGUUUUGUUUUAGUAGAUAUUCUUAUUUCUGCUACAAUAAUUAUGUUCAACUUCUAUAAUGAUAAGUCUGCACUUCAGUAACAUGAGUGCCAUAAUUCUUACAAAUUCCAGGAAGAAAAACAUAACUUUAUGACAUGCUUAAAUUGUAGAAAAGUUGGAACCAUGGUAUUGUGCUUUGACCUUGUUUUUGCUAAUUGCUCUUAGUUAUUCUGUAUACAGUGUGUUGGAGAAUUUAGCUAUGGUUCUUAUUGACCAAGACAGUUGGGAUAAAGAUAUUUGCUUUCGAUUCCAUAACCUGCUAAAGACGAUCAAACAAAAUGGCUCCAUAAAUAAUUCAGGGAUCCCUCUGAAAAUAUUCUUGUUAGCAACCUGCACAAGCUCUUCAGAAAGGAAAGAGCUGAAAUUGGACAGGCUAGUGGAUAAUGUGAUAACAAAACCUUUAAGGUUAAGUGCAUUGGCAUUCACCUUCCAAGAAGCUACUGGAUUUGGAAAGACGGAGCAUAAUACAAGGGCUAAAUCAUCAACGCUAAGAACUCUACUCAGAGCUAAACAAAUUUUGGUGGUGGAUGAUACUUCUGUGAACAGAAGAGUGGCAGAAGGUGCUCUGAAAAAAUAUGGAGCAGUUGUUACCUGUGUGGAGGGGGGAAAGGUAGCUGUUGGGUUGCUUAAGCCUCCCCACAAGUUUGAUGCUUGUUUUAUGGAUCUCCAAAUGCCCGGAAUGGAUGGGUUUGAAGCUACUCGAGAGAUCCGCAGUCUUGAGAGUGAAUAUAAUGAAAAAAUUGAUUCUGGUGAAGUAUCAGUUGAUAUGUCUGAAAAUUUGGUUCAUUGGCACACACCUAUAUUAGCGAUGACAGCAGAUGUGAUUCAGGCAACAAAUGAAGAAUGCAUGAAGUGUGGGAUGGAUGACUAUGUAUCUAAACCAUUUGAUGAAGGGCAGCUUUAUUCAGCUGUUGCACGCUUCUUUGGGACUGAAUGAUUUAGAUUUGCUGAUUUGGCUUAUAAUGGGAGGCCAAGGUUUGAAGUUAAUUGCCAGCUGAUUAAGGGCCUAGUCAGACUGACAUCAGUGACUUCCCUCUCUGCUACUCGACUCUGCCAUACUUGUCAGAAUCGAAUCCUUGCUCAUUUCACAUGGAAUGGAGGCUGACAUAGACUUAACAUAAUGCAUGGAGCACUUUAGGAGUGCAGUGAGAGAUGGUAUGAUUAAUUCUGCGGCAAUAAAACGAGGAAUAUCUGCCAACUUCAUAUGGUCUAUCCCUGUUUUCAGGUCAUAUUUAUUGUACAGCGCUACUUCGUGGAAGAAGCAUGUAAGAACAUAAAAUACCAUUAUCUGGGCUUUACACUUGUGAGAUGAAUAAUCAGCUUUCAUCUUCCUGAGGUUAAGUUGGAAAUUGUAUCGAUUAGUGAUUUGUUCUUCAGCAUCAUAUAGUGCUGGUUUAGAGGUUCAUGCUGUAAAAUGUAGUUAUAGUGAUACAAAUAAUACUGAUCCAUGUUCAUAUGGAAAGAGAGAGUCAUGUUACGAUCUCUAGUGUUGGUCGUUGUACGAUGUCAGCUAUAUUACUUUUCUUUAGUAUUGCCUAUUGGAAGGGUUUUUUAUUUUUUUAUUUUUUUCAGCAAUUAUUUCUAGCCAAGAUUCUGUAUACAAAGUUGUAACCCAUUUGGGAAAUAUAUAUGAGAUUUUCGUUCUUUAUCUAA